GUCUCAUCAAACUUAUAAACAAAAAUCUCUUGCGUAUUCUCUUAUGUGUCAAAAACCCAUAUGCUAUUUUUCUAUAUAGAGACAUCCCUUUCAUUAUAAAUGGCAAAUCCUUAUUCAAAUGUGCCUCAAGCUGACCAGUCACCACCACCUCAACCUUCAAACCAAUCCAUACAAGUCCCUGACCCUCCAUCCUCUAUUCUGCUCCCAAUCCUCCAAGAUGAUCAAUACGCACCUCAUUCCACCUCCUCGAACCAGUCUCCAAGAUCAAUUCCUUCUCCAGCUGGAUCUCUGGGUCAACCAUUAACGGUGAGACAGGAUGAAUAUUCACCAAGGUUCGGGUUUCCAGGCCAACCUGUGAGUGGAAGGCAGGAUGACCAAUCACCAAGGUCCACCCGAUCCUCAGGUGGGUCAUCGACUCUGCCCACAAGCGGAAGACACCCGAGUUAUAAGGGAAUUAGGUUACGGAGCGGGAAAUGGGUAUCUGAGAUCCGGGAACCACGUAAAACUACGCGUGUAUGGCUUGGUACGUAUCCAACUCCUGAAAUGGCAGCCGCCGCUUAUGAUGCGGCGGCUCUAGCCCUUAAAGGCCCUGAUACACCACUAAAUUUCCCGGAAUCGAUUCUUUCCUACCCAAUACCAGCCUCAGCAUCCUCUAGUGAUAUAAGGGCUGCAGCUGCUAGUGCAGCAUCAAGCAGGUCGCCGAGACCUGAAGCUGGGCCAAAUCCUGAAUGGGACCGGCUUGAAACAGAAGGCACAUCAUCCAGUACUACCACUGCUGACAUUCAAUCAGGACAGGAAUUCAUCGACGAGGAAGAACUUUUGAACCUGCCCAAUUUGCUAGUUGACAUGGCAGGAGGAAUGCUUGUAAGUCCACCAAGAAUAAACACGCCAUCUUCUGAUGAUUCACCAGGGAAUUCCGAUGCAGAAAACCUAUGGUCCUACCACUAAAACCCAGCCAGGUAUAUCCAGCCUCAUUUCUGAAUGGAAAUUUUUCAUGGUACUAGAUGUCUGCUUCUCGGUUUUGGUAAAAAAGAAGAGGUUUAGGACGUCACUCGGUGGACCCAUGGAUGGCUCUUAUUCAAGAUUUUAGCGUUGAAGUGGUUUUACAGGUAAAGAUAAAACUAGUAGGUGGAUUAACUCUGCAGCUACAGUGGUUAGCUUUAAAGUUGUCAGCCAGAGCCAGAGCCAGAGCACGUCUCUCUCUUUCCAUAUAAAUGUUUUGUCUUCAUAAGGCUUCUGAGAGAGAUCUUUUCCCUUGUAGUUUGAUAACUGUCCCUCUCAUGUAUUUGAUAUUUUAUGGAACGAACAGCCUCUCCUUCCAAGUUUUUACUCCCAUUUUUCUUUCUUCAUUUUCUCUCCCCUUUUCGAACAAUGGAAAGUUCCAUUCACCUUGAA